AAGAGGCGUGGCUGUGACGUCACGCGCGUAACGUCCAGGAUCCACUAUGGCGGAAAGGUAGUGGCGACUCACACUUUACCGGUAAAAUCGACAUCGGGUAGCAGACCUCUGCACGAUUCACCAUUCUCCGUCUCCGGCUCACGCGCAAGCAUCCCAUCUCCUCGUGCGCUCUCUCCGAUCUUCGCGGAACUCACAGAAACAUGCCUAAUAUCAAGAUCUUCAGCGGCAGCUCGCACCAGGAUCUGUCUCAGAAGAUCGCGGACCGUCUCGGGCUGGAGCUGGGGAAAGUGGUGACCAAAAAGUUCAGCAACCAAGAGACGUGCGUGGAGAUUGGAGAGAGCGUCCGUGGAGAGGAUGUGUAUAUAGUCCAGAGCGGCUGUGGAGAAAUUAACGACAAUCUCAUGGAGCUCCUGAUUAUGAUAAACGCCUGCAAAAUCGCAUCUGCCUCCCGAGUCACGGCGGUCAUCCCCUGCUUCCCGUACGCCCGGCAGGACAAGAAGGACAAGAGUCGGGCACCCAUUUCUGCCAAGCUGGUGGCAAACAUGCUGUCGGUUUCUGGAGCUGACCACAUCAUAACCAUGGACCUGCACGCGUCUCAGAUACAGGGUUUCUUUGACAUUCCGGUGGACAACCUGUACGCCGAGCCUGCGGUUCUGAAGUGGAUCAAGGAGAACAUCCCCGAAUGGAAGAACUGCACCAUCGUGUCUCCGGACGCUGGAGGAGCCAAGAGGGUGACCUCCAUCGCCGACAGGCUGAACGUUGACUUCGCCCUCAUUCACAAAGAAAGGAAGAAGGCCAACGAGGUGGACCGCAUGGUUCUGGUGGGAGACGUCAAGGACCGCGUGGCCAUAUUGGUGGAUGAUAUGGCAGACACCUGCGGGACCGUCUGCCACGCCGCGGAUAAGUUAAUAUCAGCGGGAGCCGUUAAAGUGUAUGCCAUCCUCACUCAUGGCAUCUUCUCUGGUCCAGCCAUUUCACGCAUCAACAACGCCUGCUUCGAGGCUGUCGUUGUGACCAAUACAAUCCCUCAGGAGGAGAAGAUGAAGCACUGUCCCAAAAUACAGGUCAUUGACAUCUCCAUGAUCCUGGCCGAGGCCAUCCGCCGGACCCACAACGGCGAGUCGGUGUCGUAUCUCUUCAGCCACGUUCCUCUGUAACGCUCGUCGUCCCGGAGCAGGACCCUCCUCAAACCGCUGUUACAAUCAGACUGUGAACGGUCGCCGCUAGGCUCCAGGGGCCAGACUUUAUUUAUUUACAUCCCUUCGUAUUCAUUCCUGUGCUUGAGAAAACUAGUCCCGUGAUGAAGAGAUGGACGUCUUUUUGAAGAAGACACACUUUAUUUUGCAUUUCAAGGUUUAGUUCGCUAGAUGAACGUGGUUUUAGCUUGUUCUGUGCAGGCUUUACAGUAGAUCUGCCGUUUUAUUUCACUUUCCUGAUUUUGUUUUUUCAUCGAUCUUUUUAAUAACUCUUUAUAUGAACAUUUCUAUGAAUAAAAAAAGUCAUUUUGGUUACUUUAAGCCAUUCUGAUUCCCCUCCGA